AGUAAACAGAGGAAUGAAUGGUGGAUUUUCUACCAUUUCAGUUUAUUAGGUGAAGUUUACAAUGGCACUGCAACGCAGAGGAAACGUUAAAACCGCAGACACAAGCACCAUUGAGAAACAAAGUAAAAGAUUGUGGCAUGUUUUCGGGGCAGGGUGAUCACACAGACUUCAUCAUACAGAGGAUACACUGCUCUCCUGCUGGCCUUCAUUGGCACAUGUGCGCUUCUGACCUGGAUCUGUUCAGUCUGGACUAAUGACAUAACAGAGACUAUGGUCUCCAGAGGGGAAAUACUCACACAACCCAGAGUGUUCAUGGUCCAGUGCUCGGAAGAUUAUCAAAAAUACAAGCACUUCCCAGAUGUUUUGUCUUCAGGUUGCACACCUACCAAAUGUGGCCGAGCUGUUUCAGACAGCGUGGUAACCGCAGACGAGGCUCAGACACUGAAGAGGUUAGCAGAAAAGGGCCUGGCGCUCGGCGGUUCAGAUGGAGGUGCAUCUAUACUGGAUCUACACUCUGGAGCUUUGUCGAUGGGGAAAAAGUUCAUCAAUAUCUACAGAUAUUUUAACAAGCAAAUAAGAGAUAUCUUCACUGAAGACGAUUUCAAACUCUACAGGGCCGUGCGCAGCCGCAUUCAGAGGGUGAUUGCUGAAACAUUUGGCCUGGACUCCAGUAAUCUGUACCUCACCAAGCCCACCUUCUUUUCCCGUAUCAACAGCACCGGUGCUAAGACUGCUCAUGAUGAGUACUGGCACCCACAUAUUGACAAGGUGACCUAUGGCUCCUUUGACUACACCUCGUUGCUCUACCUAACAGAUUAUGAUGUGGAUUUUGGAGGGGGGAGAUUCAUCUUUAUGGACCCAAACAGCAACCAAACAGUGGAGCCCCGUGCAGGGCGAGUGUCUUUCUUUUCCUCAGGCUCCGAGAACCUCCACCAUGUGGAGAAGGUGGCAUGGGGCACGCGUUACGCCAUCACUGUGUCCUUCACGUGUGACCCCGAUUACGCUAUCGCCGAUCCCAGCUUACCAUAGUGUCCUUCUGCGAUGGCUGUAGCCCUGGGACAGAAACAAAACAAGAGAAGACACUUAGGUUUUCAGCCGAAAUUUCCCUUUUUUGUUUUCUUCAGGAAAUACAAACAGACAAUAUGAGCAUGUUAUGAUGGAAAAACAACAAUACCUGCAUGAGUAAUAAUUGGUCUUUUUUUAUUGAAAAGAAGAUUCUCUUACAAAAGAUUCUCUUUCUCUGGGACUUCAUCCACCCCUGUGCUUCUGCUUUUGACUUUCUCUUUACCUGUUUCCAUGUUUUAUAUGUAAUGUCUUCUUGGCCGCAUCCCUUUUGUCAACAGUUGGCUCAGUUAUCACAGUUUGGACAAACAGCACAAGUAGAAAUUCUCAACAGGUGAUAAGAAUGAAAUUGCUCAUAGCCAAAUGAGAGAGCAAUUUAAAAGUGUUUGCAGGGGUUUAGCUUUCAGUACAUUUCCUAGACUUCGCUCUGAAAAUUUCUGAACAAUGACACAGUAAUGUGUAUUCUCUUAAUUGCUGAGAAUAUUGUCCUCUGAAAAAGUCUAUAUCAGUUGCACUAUCUGUCUGUCAAUCACGUUCUCUACAACAGAGGGAGUCAAAGGUCUCAAUAAACUGAUGUGCUGGAAAAGUUUAUUAAUGCAAAGUCUUCCACCCAGAACUUUUACUCUGAUGACAUGCACAGAAAUGCAUCAAUUUGCACGCUCCCUGGAAAGUACAUCUUGAUCUAGAAUAAACUCUACCAAUUCAAAU